AUGAAAUUUUUAAUGAAGCAGUACACGGCAAAUAGCGUGGCAUCAUUCAGUCCUAGUUCGGGCUUAAUCCUUGGUAGUGCGACAGGCGGCGAGGCGGCGUCGGCCGGAGGGCCGCGCACCUCCGGCGCGGCCGCGCUCAUGACGCCUGACGCUGGUCAACCGCCCCGCAUAACACACUGGCGGGACCAGCGACUGCACCGGCGACACCCGCGGCUUCCCUGCGUGUCCGCCACACGCGCC